GGAACAUUUUAAACGAUAGGAUUUGUGCAAUUUCUACGCUACAUUUAUUAUUUGACAAUAUCGUAAGUUAACACCCCCAUAAUAAAUAACUUCUGCAGUUAAGACUUGUUGGAAUUUAACGGAUACGGAUCGAAAUUUAAUCAUAGGCGGCUUCACGGCACAAUGGAUGAUAAUUCUGACGAAAAUGAAGUAAAAAUUUUAGAACAAAAACAUAAAAAAGAAAAAAAGGAACUUCAAGCUCAAAUUCAGGCUAUUAAAAAGGCUGCAAAAAAUGAUAAGACAAAGAAGAAGGAACUUACUUUGGAAAUCACCAGGCUGGAAACAGAGUUAGAUGAAAAACACAAAAAGGAACUUGAAUCAGUACAGAAUGCAAACCAAAAUAUUGAAUUACAGUUGGAACCAGAAGAGCUUGAAGUAAAGGAGACAUCCAAAACAAAAAUAUCAAAGGCUCAAAAACGUAGAGACAAAAAAAAAUUACUGGAAAGGGAAAGGAAUGAACAAAUAGAAUUGCAGGAACAAGAAAAUAAAAAUGGCCCUCGAAAUUUAGAAAUGCAAGCAAUACAUACCAGGUUAAAAACAAGAAAUUUGUCUAUUUUUCUUAUUCCCUCUGAUGGAGACUGUUUAUAUAAAGCAAUCGCGCAUCAAUUGGAAGUUCAACACAAUAAAAAACUUAAUGUUCAGGACUUACGAAACAAUGCAGCAUCAUACAUAAUGGAAAAUAAAGAUGAUUUCCUACCAUUUCUCAGUAAUCCAGAGACAUUUGAAAUGUUAACAGAUGCAGAAUUUGAAGAAUACUGCGAGAAAAUUAGAAAUACAAAUGUAUGGGGAGGGCAGGUAGAGAUUCGAGCUUUGUCAAACUACUUGAAAUGUCCUAUAAGUAUAAUUCAAGCAACAGGGCCAGAAACUAUUGAGCAGGGGACUGAGUUUACUGGCCCUCCCUUAUUCAUAACUUACCACCGUCAUAUGUACAGCUUGGGUGAACAUUACAAUUCUACUCAGACUUUAACAACAACUGAAGAAGUUUAGGCAUAAUGUUUUGUAAAAUAUGAGAACUGCCAACUAGAGCUAAAUCACCCUCAAAUCUUUUUAGAAAUAUUAUUUAAAAAUUUUAAAUGGAUUUAAUUCCAUGUAAUUUUAGUCAUUUUGCUAAUAUUAUAUUUAAAAUAAAUAAUUUUCAGACUACAAUGUUUCUUUUCUCCUAAUAAAAUGUUAGCGGGGUUUAGAAAAAAAGGAGUUUCUAGUACAUAAGUAAUUUGUAUUUUCAAAAAAAAGCAUUUUCUCAACAAUCAAUCUAUAAAGAAUUUGUUAAGUCACAAGGACUGUUUAUAUUAUUUUUACAUCAACA